AUGCUUGCAGUGGUCCAGAAAAAGAAAAGUUUUGAUGAGAUAUUUUUCGAUUACUUCAAGGAAAAUAAAACAGAGAUAGCUCACGCAAUCCCCGAGCUGUUUCCUUUCCUAGAAAGCCUCAAGGACCGCUCCUUCAUCACGGACAAAACCUAUGCUGAUUCUUAUGAAGCCUGUAAGAACUCGGUUCCUGUAGAGAAAGUGGUGUACAAAAUUCUGGAUAACUUGGAGAAGUUAUUUGGCUGGUCAUUUCUAUGCACUCUGUUCAACAGAACGAAUCUGAAAGCUUAUCCUGGUUUAAGAGAAAUUCAUAAAAACUUGGAAACUGAGCUAGAGGACAAAUAUUUAUCCCAGAGAAGGAAGCAAGACCAGAAACUUGCCACUGUGCAUCCACGCUGCGAGCAAGGAGCUGGAGACAGCUGCUCUCAAGGAAGUCUGACCUGGUCACCCUCAGAUCCCGCCUCAUCUGAUGGGGCCAUCCGACCCGGAAGUGGAAAACCAUUGUCAGAGUCUGCAGAGUCUUCGUGGAAUGUGAAGUCAAAGCGUGCAGAUACGAUCCAUUCCAUUCUUCAUCCGCAUGAGUCUCAUCGGACCGACCAUGAAUGUACGCAAGCAGGGACAAACCUACGUACACGUGAAAAUUGGAUGCAACCUUGUUUUGUGAAACAAGAAAGCUUACAGAAGCUAGGGACAAUGCAGAACCAAGAGGAUGACAUCAUUGUGAUCAGCAGUGAUGAGGAAGAUGAGAGCGAACUCCUGGAACUCUUCACCUUGACACCGAGACGCAGGCAGCAGGUGGAUGAGGAGGGUGAGGACAUGUCCCCUGGGCUCCAGAAUGCAGAGGUUCCCUUAGGAGAUCAGGUCUCCUGUUUCCUGACUCUCCAUUCUUGGGAGACAUCGAAGAGCCCAGCCGCCCAUUCUCUACACCUUACUUUUUAUGACCCUUGUGAAGAUAUGGUUCCAGACCUUAGUAAGCCCCCCAGGCCUUAGCACAACUGACUCCAUGAUGGAAGUACCACUCAAGCUGUAAAAACUCAGCAUAUGGACAGUACCACCUGCCAAAAUGAAAAUGAAGAACGAAUCCCUCAAAGUCCAUAGUUCUGGGAAAGUCUCUAAAUGUUCAACCUUGCCUUUUGGCUCAUGUAGCUCUGCUUCUGGCUAAUGGUUCUUGUUAACGGAAACACUCAACCCAGAACAUUAAUUUUUGUACUUACAAACUUUAGGGCCACACUGAGAUCUGAAACAACUAGUGUGGUCACUGGUUGGCUAAUAAAGAUUU